AAAACGUCGGUUCCCAGGCGGUGGAUGUUUGUUUUUUGUUCUCCAAGUGCGACCGUCCAAUGUACUGCGCUGGCGAUGAGUCCCCGGAUGCAGUACACUACUCCGAACUUGCUCUGGAGAUGCUGACCGUUGGUGUAUAGAAAUACUCACGCAAUGAUGCCGGAAGCCGGGAGCAGGGGCAAUCACGAUGGAAAGCAUGGGGAGCGUGAUAGGUGAAGUAUCAAGCUCUUUGCCACCGGCUGUACAGCACACUUGACAGAAGACUCAAGGCACAUAGCCCGAGCAAGCGCACGCCAAAGGCAGCACAAUAUGACUCCGAGAUAGGCACAGGACCGCCCAAGCGGUGGAGGAAAAGGAGGAGGGCUAAAUGCACCAGGGGAGGGGUCCGAGGAGCAGCGGCGGCGGCGCGCUUUGCUGCCUCGGUCGUCGCCUGCCCCCCCCCCCACCCCCACCCCCCUUCUGCGCGCGCGCGGGGGCAGCGCGCCAUGGGCAGGAGUGGGAGGACGACAGAUGCAGCGCCGAAACCUCCAGCGCCGUGACGUCGUCCAGUCCUGGCGGUGCUCCCCGAGUGUCGGGCCUCCGGGGGCCAGCGUCGGGGCCCAGAAGCAGCCAGCAUGGACCCGGGACACACAACGGCCACCGGACCUGGGACCCUCUGGUGAUCUGGGGCCUGCGGGCUGAAAUAAAAAAACACACUGCGCCAGAUAUGGACACACCAGCACUGGCUUCGGCCAGGUCAAGCCAGGCUGGCAUGCUCACUGACUACAAGGUCAGCGUGGGCCCGGCCUCGGUGACAACGCAUGAUUGACGAUGAUUAUCGCGUCGUUCCUC